AUGAAUGGGAUCAGUAAGGGGAAAUCAUCAGAAUCGACCAAACAUGAGGCCUUAUGGAAACUGUUAUGGAAGCUACAGGUGCCAAGCAAUAUCAACAUGUUUCUCUGGAGAUCAGCUAAGGAAAUCCUUCCCACCAGAGUUAACUUACACAAAAGGAAGAUCAUUGAAACUCCCAUGUGCCCAAUUUGCUUAAUUCUACCAGAAACUGUUUCUCACGCUCUUUGGACAUGUAAGGCAGCCCAGGAUGUUUGGUGCAGUAGCUCAAGAAGACUUCAGAAAAGUAGGACUGAGGACAUACCCUUCUUUGACUUGCUAAAAGAGCUUCUAUCCACCCUACCACCAGAGGAACUCACUAAGCUAGCUCUCACAACAAAAGAAAUUUGGUAUAGAAGAAACAAACUUAUCUUUGAAUCCAGAUUUGAGUCACCUCAACAGGUACUAAAACGUGUGUCCAAUUGCAUGAGAGAUUUGGAGGAGCUAACAAGGAACCAACAAAAGCACUCUACUCAGCAUCAACCUCCAGCCAAGUGGUGCAAACCUCCAACCAAUUUCUAUAAAAUAAAUUGGGACGCAGCCAUCGACAAGGUCAACUGCAGGGUGGGCAUUGGGGUGUCUAUCAGAGAUUGGUCAGGUCUUUUCACAGCAACACUUAGGAGCCCAAGUAACUCUUUUCCUGACCCCACUCUGGGAGAAGCACUCGCUGCAUUACGAGCCGUGCAAUUUGGAACUGAAAUGGGAUUACGAAAUGUCAUCUUCGAAGGGGACUCACUCCUAGUGGUGAAUGGCAUAAACAGUCUAGCUGAAGACUGGAGCUCGGAGGGGCUGAUUUAUCAAGACAUCAAGCAACUACUAAGCAAUUAUUCUUCAUGGUCAGUUUCUCAUGUUCCUAGACAGGCCAAUGUAAGGGACGAUGAGAACCUCAAGUCAUACCUUUCUCGAUUAACAAAGAACAUAUGA